CACAGAACAAGGAAGCUUCAGCAGCUGAUCUGUUUGUACUAAACUCACUCAUAUAAUCUUUAAUAAUGGAAGCAGCAGAUGUUGGAAAUGUUGCUCCUGUGGAUUUACACAUUAUAACAAUAAAGAAGGAAGAAGAUGAAGAUGAAGGUUACCUCUAUGGAGGAACAUUCAACUCUGUGGAAGACUUUAACCCUGAGGGGGGACACGCUGCUCCAGUGGACCAACAGGCUGAAGGUUUUAUGAAAAAGACUAUAAAAGAAGAAGAUCCUGAGGAUGACGACAACAUAACGAACGACGACUUCUGCUGCUACUUGUGUCCAUUUUCCUGUUCGGCCCAGAUUUAUCUCUACAAGCACAUGAAGAGUUGUCACAUCACCAAAAACGAGACGCUUAUUAAAUCUGAAGAGGAUGAAGGUAAAAAUCCCAGUGAUCAGCAAACCUCCUCUGAUCCUCAAGAACAAAAACAGAAGGACAUUAACUGCUCAGAUUGUGGAAAGAGCUUUAGGUGGCAGAGUGAUCUCAAAGUUCACCAGCGCAUUCACACCGGAGAGAAGCCGUACUGCUGCUCACAGUGUGGAAAGUCCUUUAAAAAACGGGAUCAUCUCAAAAUCCACCAGCACAUUCACACUGGAGAGAAACCGUAUUGCUGUACGGAGUGUGGAAAGUGUUUCAAUCAUCACUCUCAUCUCAGAACUCACCAGCGCAUUCACACUGGAGAAAAACCCUACUGCUGUACAGAGUGUGGGAAAGCUUUUAAGCAACAGUGUCAACUAAAAAAACACCAGCGCAUUCACACUGGAGAGAGACCGUAUCAGUGCUCGGAGUGUAAGAAAUGUUUCUAUCGACAGUGUCAUCUUAAAACGCACCAGCUCAUUCACACCGGAGAGAAACUGUUUUUCUGCUCACUGUGUGGGAAGGGAUUUAUUCGACAUCAUCAUCUUAAAAUCCACCAGCGCAUUCACACCGGAGAGAAAUCCUUUUCCUGCUCUCAGUGCGGCAAGAGUUUCAAUCAGCAAUAUCACCUUAAAAUACACGAGCGCAUUCACACCGGAGAGAAACCGUUUUUCUGCUCAGAGUGUGGGAAGAGUUUCAAUCAGCAUCAUUAUCUUAAAAUCCACCAGCGCAUUCACACCGGAGAGAAGCCGUUUUUCUGCACGCAGUGCGGGAGGUGUUUCAGCGAUGGGAGCUCUUUUAAAAGGCACCAGCGCAUUCACACCGGAGAGAAGCUGUAUCAGUGCGCGCAGUGCGGGAAGAGUUUCAAACAUCAUACUUAUCUUAAAGUGCACCAGCGCAUUCACACCGGAGAGAAACCAUAUUGCUGCUCACAGUGUGGGAGGUGCUUUAAUUACCAGAGUCAUCUUAAAAGGCACCAGCACAUUCACACUAGAGAGAAACUGCCUCAGUGAUCACAGUAUGGGAAGAAUUGCAAUCCACCAGAACAUUCACACUGGAGAGAAACACAACCGUGCACGAUAUCAGAACACUUGUUGCCCUCUGCUCUACAGCUGAAGAUGGCAGGUGGGUGUUUCAACUUUCAGUAUGACAAUGACCCUGAACUCACAGCCACCAAUAUUAUGGAUCAAAGAAAGGAAGGUGAAUGUCCAUUAGGGGCCAAGUCAUACUUCUGACUUCAAUAAAAUAAAUAUAAACUGUGGAUGGACUUAAGUGUGUUAAAAUGUGUAAAUAAAAUAAAGCUGGAAAACUAAGUUUUCAGGCUGUGAGACGUCAUGUAGCUUCAUUUUUUGAUUGCAUAACACUUAUAAAAAGAAAGUCUUUAUGUCUCUAUAUGUACUUAUAUGUAUCUGAAAUGAUAAUAAAGCCUCCU